AUGACGCCUUUGCUGCGAAGUCGCCGUCAGCUCCGAGUGGCAGAGGCCUCAGUGCUUGCAGUGUCCUUGGCGCUGUUGGCAAUCGCCCUUGGAGCUUCAGGUUCGAAUAACAUGAAGGUCACCUUCCUCGCCGGUCAGGCCAAGGCGUUGCAAAGGGCGCAUGGGCAGCUGGAGGCCGCAGCGGCGAUGCUGGGCCCGCCACGAAAGGUGACGCUGAAGGAGUUCCUUUUGGACCCAACCUUCGAGCCUCCCGUGGUGGAAUACGCGGUGGCAGAGAAUGACGGUGUCCACCGCGCAAGAGUGGCUUUCGCAGGAGUGUCCCACACAGGUGCACCCGCCUCCUCCCAGGAGGAGGCAAAGCUGAGCGCUACACUGGUGGCUUUGCGCUCGCUUCGAGCAAAGCAGCGCGUCAACGAGAAGAAGCACGCACACCAGGAGACCAUCUUCCGCGUGCCGCGUGGGCGCAACCUCCGUGCGACUACAAAGGGAGUCGCCGGGGGGAAGCAUGAGUCGAACUUGAAAUGGAUUGAGCACAACAGAAACAGGAAGCUGCGAGAUGGCUGGCGCAAUGGUCCGCGACCUGCUGGAGAUGCUGUGCUUGGCUCGGAAGCAUCAGAGUGA